AUGCCAUACUCCAACUCCACGCAGCCCGGCGCGCGUGACAUGUACUACAAUGACCUCGACGACCCUUAUGCCGACUAUCCAGGCGGACGUCCAGCUGGUGUCCCUAGCCAAGGACACAGAGGAGACGGUGGCAGGUCUGGCAAGCGCCUGACAUACGGCGGAGUACUCGGCGAGCACGGACCCAGUCUGGACGAAGAGUUCGACUCCCUUUUCAACAUUAGACCCGGUGAUCGCGGGCGCUGGGAUCGAGAAGAUGCCGUGGCUCGUGAUCAGCGUGGUCCUGGGCGUGCUCAGGGAGGAAGAAGUCAUGAUGGUUUCGAGGAGAUGUUCGGCGGCAUCGGAGAUGGUGGGAGCAGAUAUGGUGGCGGUGGUAUGCGUGAUGCAGACGGGGGUCGUAGAGUACCACAAGGCCAAGAUCAUUUCUUCGAGCCGACUGACCAUCCUUCCGUCGGGUAUGGCCAGGUGCAAGCCCAAGGCCAGCGUAUGCAGGAUCCGUAUGCCGGCCAUAGCGGCAGACAAGGUCGUCUAGACACGUUUGACGAUCUGUUUGGCGGGUCCGCCCAUGAUCGUGGAGGCGGAAAUGGUUUGUCCACUGGCCGUCGCGGCGGAGGGCGUGGUGGUCGGACGGAGGAUCCUUAUGAUGAAGGUUAUGGCGGCAGGAUGCCACUGGACCAUGAAACCCGGUUUGAUGAGUGGGAGGGGUUUAGGUCACCUGGUCUCUCCCGAAUGCCUUAUGGUGGACGGUUGAGGUGA